AUGAUUCGCGACAGCUUCGCUGCCGACCUGCUGUUGGAGAAGCGUUACUAUUGUUUCCUGUGGUGUCGGGCGCAGACUCGGGCGAACCAAAGGCCGUGGAGUCGGCAGGCGGCAGAGCAGGCCCUGUCAGCCAUCCGACGUUUGCUGAACCUGUGCCGGAGGCAGGUUCCCGAGAGGGCUAUGAGGAUAUCGGGGAAGCACGGCAGCGAGGAAGUACAAGUCAUUGUCAUGCAUCCCAUGCCCGAGUUGCUCGAAUCCACGCGAGACGAUGCAAGUGUUUGGCUGGAAAAAGUGGAAGCGUUGCGCCAGGUGUCGAACUUGCACCACUCCUUUGGUCCAGCCUUACGAUGUAGAUGGAUCGCAGUGUUGACGGGUUUGCUUCGCCGGGAAACCGAUUCGGGUCACAUGGAGCAGUUGCUGGAUGCGCUUCGAUGCUUGUUUAGCAAUGUUGGGCAAGAUGAGAUCAGAACCCACUUCUGCCAAGAAGUCGCCCAGCUGGACAAUUUGCUUUUCGAUCUUCAGAUGCAAAACCAGGCCAGGUUCGAGAGGAUCAAAUUAUUUCUCCUGAGAUUUACAUGA